CGCAAGAGGGGUACUGUUAAUGAAUAGACAUGUGACAAUCGGAUUUCCCUCGGCGGCCGAGGCAAAGGCUCGCUGUGAAUGCAGCGCGCUGCGGGUAGCGGCGCGGCGCGCUCGGUGGUGGUGGCGGCAUGGGCGGCGAGCAAGGGAUGCAGGCCGGGCUCGGUGGUGCACGCCGAUCGGAUCGGGCUGCGGCAGCCGGCUCUCAGUGUCGCUCAGAUCGCGGCGCGCGUUGGUCGUGCGUCGAGCGCGUGUGGAGUGAUGUCUGCGAGAUGAGGCUGUCGCUGGUGCUACUGUGGCUGGGCGCGGCGGCGGCAUGCGGCCCGAGCCGCGGCUAUACCCGCCGUCAGGGCUCGCGCCGCAUCACACCCCUGGUCUUCGGCCAGCACGACCCUAACAUUAGUGAAAACAAGAAUACCGCCAGUGGACCUCCUGAGGGUCGCAUCACCAGAGACGACGAUAGGUUCAAAGACUUAGUGCCGAAUUAUAAUCCGGAUAUCGACUUCAGGGAUGACGAGGGUACGGGUGCUGAUCGCCUUAUGACACAGAGAUGCAAGGAGAAGCUGAACACGCUGGCGAUCAGCGUGAUGAACCAGUGGCCGGGCGUGCGACUGCGCGUCAUCGAGGGCUGGGACGAGGAGAACUCGCACCUGGAGCACUCGCUGCACUACGAGGGCCGCGCCGUCGACCUCACCACCAGCGACCGCGACCGCUCCAAGUACGGCAUGCUGGCGCGCCUCGCCGUCGAGGCAGGCUUCGACUGGGUCUUCUACGAGAGCCGGUCUUACAUACACUGCUCUGUCAAAACAGAGUCAUCAGUCGGAACGGGCGCCGGUUGCUUCCCUGAGGGAGCCAUGGUGUAUACAGAGCAAGGUCCCCGCGAUAUCUCUACGUUACGCAGAGGAGACAAAGUGCUGGCAGCUUCUGACAACGGCAAAAUGGUGUAUUCCGAGGUGUUGACAUUCAUUGACCGCGAUCCGAAUGCAACACGACAAUUCAUCGAAGUGACAGCAGAGAAUGGUGUGACGAUAACCACGACACCGUCACAUCUGCUGCUGCUCGCAGCCGCCGACGGGUGGCGGGAGUCCUUCGCCUCCAACGUCGAGGUUGGCGACGUGCUUCUCACGAGAGGACCGGCCGACGUGAUGCGACCGUCCAGGGUCGUGAGCACCCGAAUGCUGUCGAAGCGCGGCGUAUACGCGCCUCUGACGAGAACGGGGACCAUCAUAGUGGACGAUGUGCUAGCAUCGUGCUACGCGCUGGUCCGGAGCCACUCGCUGGCGCACGCGGCGAUGGCGCCGCUGCGGUGGAUGGCGCGGUGGGGCGGCUCCAGCGAGCUGCCGCGCGGCGUGCACUGGUACGCCAACGUGCUGUACUCGGUCGGGGACUUCGUGCUGCCGUCCUCCUACCGGUACCGCUAGCGCCGCGAGUGACUGACUCUGAGUGGUCGUGUGAGUAGAUACCGCGCGCGGGACGUGCACUAAGACACUGUUGUAAAUAUCCGUCGUGUAAAUAGUAGAGUGAGUAUGACAGACUAUGUUAUGUAAAUACUUAGGUCGCGAACAUUAAAAUGUUUAAUAUUAUAUAAUAUGCUCGUCGUUAACGAGCUUUACUUACCCUCAUUGGAAUUUAUUUAUUAAGUAAUUUUAGGAACUUAUUGCAAAUUUUGCAUAUUAUUUAGUUAACUUACGAAUAUUUUUUGUAAAUUGUAUCGGUAUUGUUAUUCUGCACAAUGCAGAAAUACUUAAAUGUAUGCGCUUAUGUUAUUUUAAGUUACUGUAUAAAGAUUAUGAAUAAAAUGAAUUCACUUCUUUAGCAAAUCCGAAGAAUAAUAUUCUGUCUGUAAAUCAAAUGUUUUGAUUGCAACAGUGCACAGUGUUCGUAUAUUCGGUACGAGUUCAGCUGUAACCAGACAUUCCAUAACUCUAAUCCUGUCGACUUACACACGUUAAAAUUAUGAAAUUGUGAUCUUGGUACCUAAAAACGUGCCUUAAGAUUUUUUAUUUAUUGUUAUUUAUAAGCUAGGUGUCUAUUUAUGAAUUGACGAAAGUAUUUAGGUCUAACUUAUUCUAUUAUGUCCGAUAUCUUCUCUACUUCUAAGUGCUUUAACUAUUUAUUUAAUACUCUCAUUCUUCCUAGUUUGUUGUCAAUGUUUCCUGAAACUCGUUUUUAUCUUUCUAACAAUGCAUGAGUAUUCUCAGUAUUUGACUUGUUUGAAAAUACUAAUAAUAGACGUGUAUGAAGUACCUACUGUAGUAUCGGUGGACACUAACCUUAGUUAGUCGAUGUCUCGUCACCACUAACGGCGACUAUUAUAGAUCAUUUGUUAGAUCUUGAACUGAAGUAUGGGUUCCUAUAGAUUGAAUUUAGUGGAAUGUUGUAAGACUUGUGAGUGCAACGAUAAUUUUAGAAAUAAUUUCUAGGACAAAAUUGUAUGAAAUAUUUAUUAUACAUUCACAUGAUAAUUGCUAAAUGGUUGAUGUCAGCGACAAGCGUUAAUUAAAACUCUAUAUAAUAAAAUAGUGAUUAGUGCUUAUGUAGACGAUACUAACAAAUUUGAUAGGUACAUACAUAAAUCGGAAAGCUUUAACUAAUAUUUGGACAAUACAUUUAUGCCAUAUUAAUAUUACUUAGUUUAAAAAACUAAAUGCUCUACAGUAGAUGUUACAGUACAGCCCUUUCAGUGUACAUCGAUGAAGAGUUUUAUUUAUAAUUUGAUAUCAUAAUAUGUUGACAGUCACUGUGGCAUAUAGUAGGUUUGUAAACAUUUUAGAACUUUAAAUAUGACUUGGCUUUUUUACAUUAUUUUCUCUUUACUCAAAUACAUUAUGUGAUCGUCAUCGAGUUAGCACCCAUUUCCGUCACAUGAGUAUUUGUUCAUUUGAUUUACUAUGACACCCUCAUGAAGUUUGUGUUUCGAGUUUAAAGCUUAGCAAUAUUUGCAUAGUUCCAAUAAAUAUAAUUACAAUGCAAAAUGUAAAGUACAGUCACUGUUUAAGUUAUUUUGACGUCAGAUUUAAGUUUUCACAUUUUUACCCAGUCAUUGGAAUCUUGUUUGUCAAACACGGUUACAACUAGUCAUGGCUGGUGCGUCAUUCAAUCCAAACUAAUAUUAUAAAUGCGAAAGUAACUCUGUCUGUCUGUCUGUCUGUCUGUCUGUCUGUCUGUCUUUUCUUCACGCCUAAACUACUGAACCGAUUUGUGUGAAAUUUGGUACAGAC